CGGAUCCUCCCCUUUAGCGGACGUUUUCCUACCGCUCGUGGCUGACGGAGUCGGGGUCCUGGUCUGACUUUGUGUAGUUAAGCAUGAGGUCCCUUCUGACACAGUCGUUUGGAGGCCAGCUGUAUACAGGACAGUACAUUCAUUCGCACUUACCCUUUUGAGGUCAUGCUUCUGGUAUUUUCAUUUCGACCGAACCAACUUUUUCUUCAGAUUUGAGCGUUGUGGGCGAACUUCAUGUGAGAUGGAAGAUUUCCGAGGAAUAGCAGAAGAGUCAUUUCCAAGCUUUUUAGCCAAUUCACUACUUGGUAAUAGUGAGGUUUUGGGAAAUGUCACUUUUCCAUCAAAUUUUGGCUUGCCCAUUGCUGUUUCUACACUUGCCAAGAACAGACCCAGCAUUGACAACAGGUGUCCUGAUGUCCAGGCAUCGUACUUAAUUGAAGAGACGUUUUCAGUUCCUUCUGUAUCAUCUUCCAGUUGCCAGAGUGACAACACUGAGCCAAGAGAAAGAUUACAACUCAGCUUUCAUGAUGAUGAUUCUGCUACAUGGAAAAAGAACUACAGAGAAAGUCCACACUUGUCCCGUGCUCUCAUGAGAUCAAGAGCAGAAGAGAAGCAAGCUAACAGUACAUCCGUUCAGGGUCCGAGUCUUCUGGAUAGAGUUUCCCCUCUGCAACAGGUUCCAGAUUCAGCUCUUGAUUUUCACUUAAAAUCAUGGACAAAUAAUCAAGAACACAAGAUUGCUAUGCCUGAUCCUAAGAAGCAUCUCGAAGCCAAGAAUCCAAACAGUGAUUUCAGCCAUACCAGUUUAUUAGACAAUGAGAAACUUUUGACACUGACAAGCUUGGACGAUUCCUCUGAUGAUGAUAUUAAUGAUGAAGAAUUUUAUGAUGAUCAUUUAGAAGCAUAUUUUGAACAACUAGCCAUUCCAGGGAUGAUAUAUGAAGCAGGAGGACAGGAGUCACCAGAGAAUGAUUUUAAGUUCCCUGCAAAUGAAAACAGUAUCUUAAACUGUGAAUUUCAAUCAGAAAAUAACAGUCCUCUGGUUCCUCAUGGUGCAUGUACUUCAGGAAAUUCUCCUACUACUGACACAGAGUCUGAGGAAGGCCAUGGUUGUCUGCCAGGGACUAGUGGCUGUGUAGGUACUGUAGAUCAUAAAAAGCAGGUAGAUAAUGUGUUAUCUCUUUACUCUCAUACCUGGAGAACUGAGAAGGAAGGGGCACGAAAUAUGAAGGAUAUUGUUUCAGAUCAAAGCAGAAAAUGUGGAGGAGAGGAUAUUGUGGUGAAGAGGCCGCAUGCUGUGGAUGAGACACUCAGAUCUACGUGUAGCCACAGUUCAAAUGAAACAAAAGGGGGCUUUGACCCAGCUGACUACAUCAACCAGAAUUCAGAAUCUCCUCACCAAAAUCAGCAUUUGGCUUCAGAUUUAGAAACAGUUCUGAAUGUGGAUAGAUGCUUAAAUACAGAGACUCCUACAGUGGUUAUUCAAAAACAUGGGAACCUUGCGUCUUCGAAGACUAAUGGUGACAAUGGAGUUAAUUCUUCUGAUACUCUUUGGUCACCAACCUGUGAAAGGAGAGCAUGUGAAUUUUAUGAGUCUGGUGCAAAGACUAAUGACAAAAUAGAUCUCUCACAGAAUGUAGUCUACCAAAAUGAGGACGGCAAAUGGGUCACUGACCUUGCCUACUACACAUCUUUUAUUGAUCAUCAAGAUUUACAGAUGUCUCCAAAUAAUGAAAUGAAUGAAGACUUCAGAUCUGGUUCUGAAGCAUUGGAUUUAAUUGCAAAAGAUGAAGAAGAAUUCAAUAAAGAACAUCCAUUUAUACAGGAUGAAAAAAUAGAUGUUCAGAACACUUCAGUGGCACUUGGAGAUACAUCUUGGGUAACGACAGUUAAUUACUAUUUAUUGAGAAAAUCUCUUGGCACAUCAGAUUUCGAUAAAGAUGAUGGCAGUUAUCUACGCCUGUCAUUAGGAGAGUUCUUUGCACAAAGAUCUGAAGCUCUUGGUUGCCUUGGUGGUGGUAAGAAUGUGAAAAGACCAUCAUUUGGUUAUUUUAUUAGAUCACCAGAGGAGAGAGAGCCUGUUGCGUUAAUAAAACCUGAUGUGUCAAGAAAUGAUCUGGAGAAAGAAGCGACUCGUCUUCACCAGGGUUUCUCCUCAGGAGACUUGAAUGAACAGUCCCAGGCACAGCUAAGUGAAGGAUCGGUUACACUUAAGGCUGAAGAACUGCAGAGAACUUCCCAGGUGGAUGAAGAUGACAUGACACUGACUGCCAGCAGAAGCCAGACAGAGGACACUUUCUGCAAUAAUAACAAGUUUCAGGAAAAUAAAAACACACUGUCUGGUGGUGAAGAUUCUGUACUUAGAAUAAGCACCAUUGCUUCAGCCAUUGCAGAUGUGUCAGUGAGUACUGAUCCUGCCCAGCUUGUUGCCAUGAUGAAGGCACUCACAAAUAAAGGAAGAGGCAAGACUUUCCAGGAUGAUGAGACACAAGAGGACUGUUCAAUCAUCUCUCAUUUUGUACUUAAUGAUUUAGAAAAAAGUAACAGAUCCAAUGCAUUUGAUAUGGAGAAGUACCUUACAAAAACAGAACUUAGUAGCUGUGAAGGCGCACGAGAGCCCUUUUCAAGAGCAGGCACAUCUGACAUGUGGGAUUUAUGUUUGCCCGAACAGCAGACUGUUCAAGACAUGAGUAAGGUGAAUGUUUGUGCUACUAAUACAAUGGAAGCCGAAGAAAAUACAGCAGCUAUUUCCGGUGGUGGAAACAUAGAGAGUGAUACCCAAGAAUCACUUAGAACAAUAACCUCUUCAGAUUCAGUUCUUACAAGCAUGAGAGAGAAUAGAAGCACAGCCAUGCGGAGGAUGACAUGCUCUGUUGAUGAAUUACUGGAUAUGCGGAACAGUCAGAAAGCUGCGUCAGUUUCCGUUGUAGCAUCCAGGAGUGACCUAUCAUUAAGGAAUCCCAGAGUACCUUCCUUUAGCAUUGUAGAACAAUGUGAAGAAAUACAAGAUAACCAGGAACACAGAAGGAAGAAAGAAUGUGUCAGCGAGACCAGCUGCAGUGACAAGCAUGUCACCUUUGAAGAUGGUCACACAGUCUUACGUAAAAGUGUUGAUUUGAAAACUGCCUCUCCUGAGAGUGGUAGCUCUGGCUUUCAAGACCAGGAGAGCUUCAGACUGUCUACGUCACCACUCAGUCAUUCUUCUCCCAGUGAAAUUUCUGGAAACUUCUCAGGAUGUGUUCUGGAGUCUUUUGAUUCAGCUUAUCACCAGAGGCCCCACUUAGAGAGUGAGUUGUCUCAGUUGGCAUGUUCCCAUGCUGACAUGAGCAGGCUGACUUAUGUGUCUGAACAGGAGAACACCCUUCCUGUCACAGAGGACCACAAGAGUGAUCUCACCAGUGAGCUGAGUACCACAAUUGUUCGAGCCAGUCCAACUCUACCAGAGGAGCAAGUUAUGGAGAACCUAAGAGACAAAAUUCCAGGUCAUAAUGCAGAAAAGGUAUCACUCCCAUGUGUUAUCCAGACUAAGUCUGGUUUAGGAAACAUGACAGAAACUCCUUCUCUGAGGAGUGGAUUUGAAGAUGGAGAACCUAACUUUGCAUCCAAUCAAGAUAUUUCUUCCAAAAAUGGGGAACCCUUGGAAGCUGGUAAGAUGGAGUCAACAUCUGGCUCCUGUGAGCAGGAUCUGAUUGGCCAAGCUCUCCUGAACAAGCCAGGUCUAAUCCACCAGUCUGGGCCAGCCAUACCGAACCUCCCUGUAUUGAGCCAGAAGACUGUGGAUCAGAGUCAAAGAUUAAUAUCUACUUGUCUGUCAACUGCCAGCAGUGAUUCUAACAGCCAGAUUUCUAAUCUGGGCACCUCUGGAGACCAGCAUAGUCCUGCACCCCACGUUUCAGCUCAUGCUUCUGUUGCUAAGGUGCAGAACAAGCCUGCUGUGUGUCCUGCUCUCUGGACUGGACAUUCUCUAUACACAGCUCCUGGGGCUCCACAGUAUUUGGGGCCAGUCUCUUCAUCUGCAAAUGUCACCUUGUCACAGUGCCAUGCAGGCAUGCAAGUCUGUGGGAUUUCAGGGUAUUCUCCUUAUCCUCCUGUUGCACCAGAGCUUGUGGCUUCCGGGGUGUAUUUAAGACCAAAUCUUGCCUCUGGAUUGAUGGCUCCUUCUUCUCUUUAUAACCUGUGUUCUACUGCUGUACACCAGAACUUGCUUACUACGGCAAAGCCAUUUCCUGUGCAGUCUGUUGGUACAAACUGUGAAACUGAACCAUGGGACUCAGGGAUGAUGUCUGGAUUUGGGAAUGCCAGAGUACCUGAGGAACUGAGGUUUCCUCAUGCUUGCUGUGUAGGCAUUGCUUCACAGACCCUCCUUAGUGUCCUCAACCCAACUGACCAUUGGCUACAAGUCAGCAUCAGAGUUCUCAGUAUUUGUGUGAACGGUGAGAAGGUGGAUCCUUCAACACAAACCUGUUUAGUUUUCAAGAAUAAAGUUGUAAUAAGACCUCAUGCCACAGAAGAAGUAAAAAUUCUUUUUAUCCCCACAAAUUCUGGAAUUUUCAGAUGUACAUUCAGUGUUGCUUCAUGGUCCUUUUCAUCAGAUGCUGAUACAAUAGUGCAAGCAGAAGCUCUGGGGAGCAGAGUCACCCUCACUGCCAUUGCGGAAACCCCUGUUAUUGAGGUAGAAACAGAAAAGAAAGGUGUUUUGGAUUUUGGUGACUUGACUUAUGAAGGCUGGAAAGCUCUCCCACUCAAGUUAAUAAAUAGGACACAUGCUACUGUGCCAAUCAGACUGAUUAUUAAUGCUAAUGCCUUAGCCUGGCGCUGUUUCACGUUUUCCAAAGAGCCCAUCUGUGCGUCUCUGAAAGCUGCUCCUUAUGCUGAUGUGAUUUCUCAGCUAGUGGCGCCGUCUGUAGUUAGUCACGUGAUGCCUGCUAGUUACGACGGAAAGGAUCCAGAAUUUCUGAUAGUUUGGGUUAUUUUCCAUAGCCCAAAGAAACUCCUCACUUCAGAAAGUCUAGGUUCAGCAGAAGAAUUCUUGGCCAGAGUGGAUAUAGAAGUUGACAGCCCAAACCCUAUUCCAGUUCUUAGAAGUGUGGACCUCCGAGCAAGAGCAGGGAUAGCUAGGAUUCACGCCCCUCGGGACUUGCAGACUAUCUAUUUGUUGGCUGAUGUGAAUUCUUCAACAAAGCAAUCCUUGCCUUUGAAAAACGCUGGGAAUAUUGAAGUUUAUCUAGAUAUCAAGGUCGCUGAACAAGGAAGUCAGUUUUCGGUAGACCCAGAGAGUUUGUUUCUUAAACCUGGAGAAGAACAUGAAGUUACAGUUUCAUUUACACCAAAGGAUUCCAAAGCAUGUGAGGAAAGGAUCCUGAUCAUAUUUGUGCAGCCGUUAGGACCUCAGUAUGAAGUAACGCUAAGAGGUGAAGUCAUUUCUUCUGGGAGUAAACCUCUGCCACCUGGACCUCACUGCUCAGAUACUCCAUUGAUUCUGUCCAAUAAGCAAUUUCUGACUUGGGGUGGUGUCCCACUCGGCAGGACACAGCUUCAGAAACUAGCUUUAAGAAACAGUUCUACAACUACAGCCCAACAUUUGCGACUGUUUAUCAAAGGACAAGAUCAGGAUUGCUUUCAGAUUCAGAACACUUUUGGCUCAGAAGAACGAUUAACCAGUAAUUGUGAGAUCAGAAUUUGCCCAGGAGAGGACUUUAUAAUCUGUGUGUUAUUUGCACCUACUCGAUUAUCUUGCAUGUUGGCUAAAUUAGAAAUCAAACAACUUGGAAAUCGAUCACAGCCAGGUGUGAAGUUUAUGAUACCUUUGUCUGGAUAUGGAGGAACAAGUAAUCUUAUUUUAGAAAAUGUUAAGAAAUUAUCUGACAGUUACUUGGUAACAAUGAAUGGCUUAAUUCCUGGCAAAGAAAGUAAAGUUAUUUUUUCUAUUCGCAACACUGGCUCCAGAGCGGCCUUUGUUAGAGCAGUAUGUUUUAAAGAUUCUCAAAGAAAAGUUUUGUUGGAUCCUAAAGUAUUGAGGAUUUUUCCAGAUAAAUUUGUACUUAAGGAAAGAACCAAAGAAGAUAUUACUUUAGUAUACAAUCCAUCAAGCAGAAAGAGUGACGAUAAACCUGCCACAGAACUAUUAACCAUCUACAUGUUUGGUGGUGAUGAGAUCUCCAGACAGCAGUAUCGAAGAGCUCUGUUGCAUAAUCCAGGAAUCAUAAAGCAGAUCCUUCCAGAACAUAGUGUGCUACAGCACAUGGACUUUGCUGAGGCAUUUCAGGAUGAGCUACUCAUGGAUGAAGCAUGUGAUCUUCCUCAGCGUCCUAAUGACAUUCAGCUCUUUUAUGGAAGCAUGCGUAAAAUUACCCUAUCAGUAAUUGGAGAAUUCAGAGAUUCCAUUUGCAGCAGAGAACUUCUUCAGCCUUCCUCCAGUGAUGAAUCUAAAAGUAAUUUCUCCAGUGAAUCAGGAACUUCUGGCAAACAAAGCGGCAGUGUCUUUUUGGAUGAUUUACCAGUUAAAGGCCCUCAAGGUCCUCCUUUUCUCUCACAAACUGCCCACCCAGCUCAGGACUCACCAACCUCUGAGGAAAGGUGGGCUGUCCAUCCGGAACACUUGAUUCUGGUAGCUCCUUCUUCCUGUGAGUAUUUUGGUGAUUUGGCAAAAACUGGAUGUUUCCAGAUUAUAAAUAAUUCAGUUACCUUACUGAAAUUUGAGCUAUACUGGCCAGCACAUUGCCUAACAGUCACACCACAACAUGGAUUUAUCAUGCCAGAGAGUAAAAUACAAGUUCUCGUGAGUCCUAAUUUUUCCGUGUCCACAAAAGAGUCAAUGUUCCCAUGGAGUGGUUUGAUCUACAUACACUGUGAUAACGGACAGAAGAAAAUUGUAAAAGUUCAAAUUCGAGAAGAUUUGACUCAAGAACCUUUACCUCAUGUGCCCUCCUCCGGCACAUUUGGAAUUCUUGCCCCAGCACCACCUGAGCCUUCCAUUAGUCAUUUGACAAAACCAAUUGCAAAACCGCCUUCCACAAAAGUUGAAAUUAGAAGCAAGACAGUGAUUUUUCCUCCAACAGAACCUGGUAAAACCUCAGAGAACUAUCUGGAACUAGAGAAUGGUGGCCCCACAGAUGUAAAGUGGCACCUGUCAUCUUUUGCUCCCCCUUAUGUCAAGGGAGUUGAUGAAACUGGAGGUGUUUUUAGAGCUACCUACACAGCGUUCAGAUGUUCUCCCAUUUCUGGCACACUAGAAGGCCAUGGAGUCCAAAAGGUCUCCAUCAUGUUUCUGCCCAGAGACAGAGGACAUUAUGCCCAGUUUUGGGAUGUUGAGUGCCACCCUGCUAAAGAACCUCACAUGAAACACACAUUGAGAUUCCAGCUCUCUGGCCAGAGCAUCAGAGCAGAAGGUGAUCCUGAAGACUCAUGCUCCUCCAGAGACACCCUUAUUAAAGUAGAUAAUGCAGUCAUGUCCCGGAGGCGUGCUGUAUUUGAGACCACUACGCACGUGCCUGGCAGGCAGCUUGACUUGAGUCAUCAAGGAGUAUAUGCCCCAAAGGAUGUCUACAUGUUCUUGCCAACCAAACUUGGGGAAUCCAGGACACUGAAAGUCAAUUUGCGAAAUAAUUCUUUUUUCACUCGUGCACUGAAGUUUUUGAGCCCCAGAAAACCUUUCCACAUCAAACACUCCAAGUACUCUUUGAGGGCCCGACACUAUAUCCACAUCCCGGUGCACUUCAGACCAGAGGCAGUGGGCAGAUUUGAAGCUUUACUUGUGAUCCAGACAGAUGAAGGCAAGAGUAUUGCUGUUCGACUAAUUGGUGAAUCCCUUGGAAAAAGUUAACUAGAAUACAUGUUGUAUAAAUGACUUGCUUAUCUUUUGGCAAUCUCAUUUUUCUAUAUCAAAAUUAUGCUGUUGUAUAUAUUUUGUAUGAUAAAUUCAAUGUGUAUAAAUUAUAGAUUUGUUUUUUUAAAGAAUUCAUUCCUGAAGCCCUCACUAAAUAUCAUGUAUCUAGCUCACAGUAUUAACAUUUACAGAGAAGAAGGUUCUAUUUUUACAUUGAUUAUGACAUUCUGAAAAAAUAUGGCAUAUGUUUUAAUGUGGUGUAUUUACAAAUAAAGUUGAUAUUUAAGCCGAA